AACAGAACUUGGUGAACUCAGUCUCUCCGCCCACCAUCAAACUAUAUAUACACUGAUUUCCAGUGAGAGCUCAUUGAUUGUCUUCAUCAUGAUCAUCAUCUCUCUGCUCCUGCUGGCCUCUCUGCUGCAACACCUGACCUUCACUGCUUCUCAGCAUGUGAAUGUUGGUAUAGUGAAUGGCACAGAAGCAAAACCCCACUCCAGACCUUACAUGGUUUCUGUUCAGUUGAAUAAGACACAUAUCUGUGGUGGAUUCCUCAUUUCUGAUGAGUUUGUGUUGACUGCUGGUCAUUGCAGGGAAGGAACUCAGAUUCUUACGGUUGUGAUUGGUGCUCAUGACUUAAGGAACAGUAAGAAUUCAGAUCGUAUCGGAGUGAAUUCCUACAUAAAACAUCCAAGUUAUAUAAUUGAUUCUCCCCAGAAUGACAUCAUGCUUUUGAGGUUACAGGAAAAAGUCAACGUAAAUAACUAUGUUAACUGGAUACCGUUACCAAAGGAUGGGGAAGAUGUCGAAGCAGAUACUAUCUGUAGUGUUGCCGGCUGGGGACAACUGGAGACUAACAGCCAAAACAGCAAUCGUCUAAUGGAGGCAAGCGUGUAUAUACUGAAUAACACAGAAUGUGAAAAAAAAUGGGGUACAAUCUACUCCAUCUCAAAGAUGAUGUGCACACGUGGCCAUGGUGGAUCCUGCCGUUAUGACUCAGGAGGUCCUUUGGUUUGUAGAGACACUGCAGUUGGCAUCACAGAUUUUGGAUCUAAACUUCAGUGCAAUUCACCUCAGUUUCCUAAUGUGUAUACUAAGGUUUCAGCAUAUAUUCAAUGGAUCAACAGCAUAAUUAGAAAUGUGAAGUGAGAUAAGUUCUUGAAUUCCUCUGUAUAACCUCUUUCAGUAAAAGCAUAAUCUGGCAAUCAUCAAUCAUUUAAAGUGUCUUUAUUGCCACAUACAUACAUAUACAUGCAUACUGUACACACAUAUACACUGGACACACACACAUACAGAAGUGUUGCAAAUAUAGACUUGUAUAUAUUUUUUUAUUUUCAAAUUGAUUUGUAAAUUUGUAUUGCAUUGCAUGUAAAAUGCAU